AUGCGUUUCAGCGCGUUGUUCUUGCUCGCGGGCACCUUCGUGCUGCUCGCGAGCAGGUGUGUCGGCGAGAAGGACUUAGUAGAGGAGCUUGUAGAGCCGGAUUUAAUAGAGUAUGUCACGGAGAAGCUGAGCCCCGGCGAGGGUAAGGAGACGAAGGCCGAUAGUUCGUCGUCCUCCAGCGAAGAGAACAAGGAGAAGCGUGAGAAAAGGGAAUCCUAUUUGAAGGAUAAAUGGGGGCUUCUGGAGGAGGAGGAGGACGAAGCGGAGGAGAGGGAGCUGCAGCGCGAAGACAACAACAAGCAUCGUAAGAAGAGAGCUGUAAUAGGUCGACGCGACACUUCGGAAAGUGAGUCCAAAGAACCCGUAGAGCUGGUAUAUCCGAAGAAAUCAGACCGAGUUGUCAGAGAGGCGGAUGACACGUCGGAAAGCAACACGUCGGAAAAGAAGGACAAGAAAACGCGCCGACUUGUCAGAGGGCUGAAUCAGCCCUCCUUGAGGAGCAAAUCGUCAUCCGAAGAGCAGCACCAGCCGAAGAACCUGCGGUUUACCCGAUCAGCCGAGGACACGUCGGAAAGCGACACGUCUGAAAAGAAGGGCGGGAAAGCGCGUCGAUUAGUUAGAGGGCUCAAUCAGCCCUCCUUGGAGAGCAAAUCGUCGUCCGAGGAGCAGCACCAGCCGAAGAAUCUGCGGUUUACCCGCUCAGCCGAGGACACGUCGGAAAGCGACACGUCUGAAAAGAAGGGCGGGAAAGUGCGUCGAUUCGUCAGAGGGCUCAAUCAGCCCUCCUUGGAGAGUAAAUCGUCGUCCGAAGAGCAUCACCAGCCGAAGAACCUGCGGUUUACCCGAUCAGCCGAGGAUACGUCAGAAAGCAACUCGAGUGAAGGGAAAAGCGAUCCGAAAAAGACUCGACGAGAAGUCAAGGUUAGUUCGAAAAGUGGAUCAUCAUCCAAUAAGCUGACGAACUCACGACUUGUUCGCGCGCUCAGGGAAAGAUCUGAGAGCGAUUCGUCCAGAGAGAAGAAGAAGAACAAACCGAAGAAUCGAUCCAUCGAGAACACCCCGGCGAGUGAAUCAUCGUCCGCUGAGCGGUACGACAAAUCGAAGAAGCAAUUUAUCCGGACGGCCGGCGAUACUUCGGAAAGUAAAUCGUCGUCCGAGAAGAAGAUUCUAUCGUACGCUCGGCCGGGUCGACCAGUCGGGAAUUCAGCGGGUCUGUCGUCCGAAGAGAACGCGAAGAAUCGAGUCGCGAUCGAAGAUGAAGACGCCGGUUACCAGAGCGAGACGGAGGGCAAACGAGAGCCGGAGGAACACAUUCCGGCUUGA